GUAUAAAUAUGGCAGCGCCCAUGGCGUGUAAUUGUUGUAAACCUCAGGCACAACAACGACCAAUAUGACACAUUUAUUUUCAUACGAAACGUUUGUCCAUGCGGUGGCAGGGGCUACGGGCAGUGGUAUUGCCAUGACCGUGUUCUACCCUCUAGAUACCGUGAAGAUAAGACUGCAGGUGGACGAUGGAAGAAUACCAAGAAGCAUACCAGUACUGGACGCUAUUGACAUUGCAAGAGAAGAGGGAGUGCUGGCACUGUAUAGAGGACUUCACUCUGUCAUCACCAGUCUGUUCACUUCCAACUUUGUAUACUUCUACACAUUCCAUGGACUGAGAAGGGUCCUUAUACCGGCUGGUGAGAGAAGUGCAGUCAAAGACCUGCUAAUAGGAACCAUUGCAGGUAUUGUGAAUGUGGUGAUAACCACACCACUGUGGACAGUCAACACUAGACUACAGUUGCAGGGAACCAAGCUUAAAGGUGGUGAACACAGAAAUGUUUCACACUACAGUGGAAUCGUAGAUGGCUUAGUAAAGAUCGCCCGAGAAGAAGGCCUUGCAGAAUUGUGGCGCUCUUGCCCUGCCUCUCUCCUUCUCGUCUGUAACCCUGCCAUUCACUUCACGCUUUAUGAAGCUUUGAAGCGACGACUCCACCGGCGACUAGGAGUGAAGGAAUUGAGUGCACUGACAUACUUCUUGCUUGGAGGCCUUGCAAAGUGUAUAGCAACCACAGCGACCUACCCUAUGCAGUUUAUACAGUCCAAGCUGCGGGCCGGCCAACUAAACACGAACAACUCUAAGCAUUCCCUACUGAUGUCUGUGCUGGAGCUCGUUCGGAGUAAGGGCAUGGUGGGAAUGUACAAGGGUCUGGAGGCCAAGCUCUUUCAAACAGUUCUCACGUCUGCGCUGAUGUUCCUCUGCUACGAGGAAAUCAUUUCAUUUGUCUUCGCUCUUCUGAGAGUGAAAGGAGCCGCAGCUGUGAAGUAGUGACGACGGUCGAAUGUCGUCUGCUAAGCGGCAGCCAUAUGCAUUUUGACGAGGUUGUAUAACUAAGUGCAGGUGGACGACACACCUCGCAGUUUUCUCCCGCUUAUUAUUACGUUUGAUCUUGUUUGCGUGGAACUAGUGAUUAGAAGAAGAAGUUUAUGAAACGCAUGUAGUUGUUACUGUGUUAACGCAUUUUUACGAUCAACGAGUAAAUAUUGUUUGAAAUGUAUGCACAAUGCCUGUACAUUAGGAAAUUGCUAAUGAUGAUAUUAUUAACUAAACUAUAUGCUGUACUAUGAGCACAAUUUUAACUUACGUGAAUUUAAU